CAAGUGAAUCGGAAGGACGGCGGAAGGCCUAUUUUUGCAGAGUUUCGGACAAUUUAAUCAGUAAAGGCCCGUUGUAACCAUGGGCACGGACGAUGUCUCCAAAAGUGAUAAGAUUCGGGAUGGAUUUCAAAUUAAUUGGUUGAUUCUUCGAGACGCUGACACCGGCAAAAUAAUCUGGCAAGAAAAUAAAGAUUUUUCCUGUCCUGAUGUAGAGCAUGAAGCUCGAGUGCCAAUCAAGAUUUUGGAUCUGCGAGCAGUUUCCAGGGAGAUAAAUUUCAGCACAGUAGAAUCGAUGGAAAAUUUCCGGUUAGAUCAGAAGGUUCUCUUCAAGGGUCGUAUCAUGGAGGAAUGGUUCUUCGAGAUGGGUUGGGUCAGCCCGAACACAACCAACACCUGGCAAUCAACUAUCGAAGCAGCACCGGAAUCACAAAUGAUGCCGGCCAAGGUGCUGAACGGAAAUGUAACCAUCGAGACCAGUUUCUUCGAUGGAGAUACUCUGAUUAGCAAGUCAGUAGUGCGUUUGUAUUAUGUUUAGGCGCUAUACAUAGCAUGUUCUAGCGGUCCUUUAGUCACUAAGCUAAGUGCAUUUAAUUUAUGAUUAACAGUCGAAACGGACACAAUCUACACAGUAAGAGAUUCUCACUUUCACUCUUGAUCAAGCUUUGUGUGUAUGUAGAUUAAGAAUGGAAAAAAAAUAAUCCGUCACUAGUUAUUAGUUGAGUGUUCACGGCUAAAUCUGCUUUCAUGAUGUAUUUGAUAGGCAUUUAAAAAUGUAGCCGAAAACCGAUGGUGAUUUUGUUAACGGUUACUAAAGAAUUAGCUGCUAAUUUAAAUCAGGAGCUGCAACAACGGUAUUUUGGGCGACAACCAAAUUAACUCAAAUGAUUGAAGUACACUUAAGCCAUUUUAAGAAUUUUUUAGUGGCAUUCGUUUGUAUAUACAACUAUGCAUAUAGCAUGGGUUUUGUAGUUGUAAGAUGGUAAUAAAAUUUAA